UUGGCUGCUGGUGGGUAUACACAUUACACAUUGCAGGAGGGGCUUGUUGGCGCCUAGUGUGGCUUCUGCAUUCUGAAGGCACCAUUCUGCUCUCUGCUUGCAUCAUUGGGAGGGAGCUCUCUUCCUCUCUCCUUCCCACUGCUUCUCUCUCCUCCUCCCUCCUCUGCUCGAGGCUUGAGGCGCCAUUCGUUGUUCUAAGACAGGCAACAGCAAAUCGUGGGACGUCCCAAAUCGUUUCUUGGUUGGUUUCACAAGGUGUGUGUCUGAAGAAGAGAAGAGAAAUGGCGGCAGUAGAGAAGAGAGGAGGGCACGCACCCUUCAUCGUCAGAGCAGUGAAGCCCUCCAGUCCAUCAGCAAGGCAGAGGCGCUCCAAGAGUGAUUUGGACGACAGAGAAGCCAAGUGCGCACCCCGUUCUUCGCAGAAGGCAUCCAGCCAGACUAAGCUUGUACAGCAGAGCAGAAACUCCAACCCUCAGCAGAAAUGCGAAACCAAGAAGGAAAUUCAGCAGCCAAGGAGCGAGACACAGAGCUCCCUGAAGAAAGAGAUUCUGCAGCUGGAGAUGCACCUCAAGGAUCAGCAGGUGGUGCGCGGCGCACUGGAGAAAGCGCUGGGCCCUAACGACGACGACCCUGCUGCUCCUGCUCCACCCACUCUCCAACACGAGAGCCCAGCGCUAAAGCCUGCUACUCAGCUGAUAAGGGAGGUUGCGACAUUGGAGCUGGAGAUCAAGCAUUUGGAGCAGUACCUAUUAACACUCUACCGAAAAGCAUUCGAGCAGCAGCAGCAGGUGUCGACAGACGCUCGUCGGGACCGGGAGGCGGCGGCGCGCAAGCUGUCGGUGAGUUCAUCACGGCCCGACGAGACGCCCAGGGUGAAGGCCGCCCCCGUGGUCAGGGGAGGUGGAGGAGGUGACCCGACGAUGCUCCAUUACGGCAGCUGCCCUCCGCUUAGCGGUAAGGGGAGGAGGAAUAAUGGCGGUACGGUGGCGGACGACUGCUCGCCGUCGACGUGCCCCCGCAGGACGACCGCGGACUUGGUGGACACGGCCGGGCUCCGCAGCCAGUCGGCGCUGUCGUUCCGUGGCGCGUGGUCGUCGUCGUCGUCCAGGAUUUCGCCCACCGAGGACAGCCUCGCCAGGGCGCUCCGGUCCUGCCACUCCCAGCCUUUCUCCUUCCUGGAGGAAGGCGAGACGGCGCCGUCAGGGGUGGUGAGCCUGGCGGACUACCUCGGGACGAGCGUGGCGGACCACAUCCCGGAGACGCCCAACAACCUGUCGGAGGAGAUGGUGCGGUGCAUGGCCGGGGUGUACUGCAGGCUGGCCGACCCGCCGCUGCUGGCGCACCACCGUCCGUCGUCGUCGCCGUCCUCGUCGCUAUCCUCGGCGCCGAGCGUGGUCUCCCACUCCCCGCAGCAGCAGCAGCACCUCGGCGGCGACGCUGACAUGUGGAGCCCCAGCAGCUACUGCGGCCGGAAAGAAGACGGCGCCCGGCUCGACUCGAGGCUCAUCAACCCGUUCCGCGUCGAGGGGCUCAAGGAGUUCAGCGGGCCUUACAGCGCCAUGGUCGAGGUGCCCGCCAUCUCCCGCGACCGCACCAGGCUCAGGGACACCGAGGACCUUCUCCAGACGUACAAGCUGAUUCUUUACCGGAUGGAGACGGUGGAUCUGAGGAGGAUGACGGGCGAGGAGAAGCUCGCGUUCUGGAUCAACGUGCACAACGCGCUGGUGAUGCAUGCGUACCUCAAGUAUGGCGUCCCGCAGAACCAGCUGAAGAAGACAUCGCUGCUUGUCAAGGCGGAGUGCAAGAUCGCCGGGCGCGCCAUCAACGCGGCGGUGAUCCAGGGGUUGGUGCUCGGAUGCACCACGCACUGCUCCUCCGGACAUUGGCUGCGGAGUUUGCUGCACUACCCGAGGACGAAGACGAGCCGGGCGAGCAAAGCAGGGGCCGGGAGCGAGGAGUGGCGAGCCUUCGCCGUCCGGCAGCCGGAGCCUCUGCUGCGCUUUGCGCUUUGCUCCGGCAGCCACUCCGAUCCCGCGGUGCGGGUGUACUUCCCGAAGCGGCUGGCGCAGCAGCUGGAGGCGGCGCGGGAGGAGUACGUCCGGGCGACGGCGGGGGUGUGGAAGGACCACCGGGUGCUGCUGCCCAAGCUGCUGGACGCCUACGCCAGGGACGCCGGCCUCUCGCCCGACCGCCUCCUCGACGCCGUCCAGCGAUGCCUCCCGGAGACCCUGCGCACGGCCGUGCACCGGUGCCGCCACGGCGACGGCGGCGGCGGCGGCGGGAGGUCCGCCGGCAAGGUCGUCGAGUGGGUGCCCCACCGGCAGAGCUUCCGAUACCUGCUCGCCAGGGACCUCGCCUUCCCGCACCUCAGCUAGCUGGCUUAAUUAGCUGCUCGUCGUGAAGCUGAUUCCACAGUGAUUAGUUAAUUGGUCAUGUGGUGGGUGGAUGUGUUGAUAGAUUUGGUUCUAGGAUGAUGAUGAUGAUUGCGUCCAUGAUCCAUUAUUAGGCAGGGGUAUUCUUCAUCUUAAUUUGCGUGUGAGAAACUCGCUGUAAAGAGAUGACAGAGUCUGUAGAUAUAGCAACACAAAUGAAAAGAGAUGAUAAAAGUUUGUAGCA